CCAAUCAGAUUCGUAAGGUGUCAAACUUAAGCACUGCUUAAGCGAAAGUUUGAGGUGCUUCUGGUUCCAAGGGAGGGCACUGCUCAACUCUGCCCGUGUACCGGCGGCCGUGAUAUUGUGGGGAAAUGCCGUAAUCUGCUUAUGCCCAAGUUAAAUUUAAAGGUCUUCCCCAAGCUCGGAUCUACUUUAUCUUACCGACACUCACUGUCUGCAACUUGAAGAUGUCUUCACCACAGCUGGCCGCAUUCAAGGUACCUGUAGUCGAAAAUGAACCUAUGCGAAGUUAUGCUACAGGAUCGGCAGAGCGCAAGGGUCUCGAGGCUGCCCUUGCUCAGAUGCAACAGGAGCUUCCGUUUGAGGUUCCCUGUAUCGUGAAUGGCAAACCGAUUAGAACUGGCAAGCUUGCAAAGCAGCCUAUACCCUCGGAUCAUGCCCGGCAUCUGUGCACAUACCAUGAGGCAGAUGAAACCACUGUAGCUAGCGCGAUUGAUGGUGCUCUCUCUGCCAAGGCUGAGUGGGAGGCCAUGCCUUGGAACGACCGCGCUGCCAUCUUCCUGCGUGCUGCAGAGCUCGUCAGUGGCAAGUACCGUUACAAGUUGGUGGCAGCCACUAUGCUUGGUCAAGGGAAGAACGCAUGGCAGGCUGAGAUUGACGCCGCCGCAGAGCUCUCGGACUUCUUCCGUUUCGGCGUCAAAUAUGUCGAGGAGCUCUACGCACAACAGCCUCCCAAGAACACGGCAGGGUCAUGGAAUCGCGUCGAAUAUCGUGCACUUGAAGGAUUCGUUCUUGCAGUUUCACCAUUCAACUUCACAGCCAUUGGUGGCAACCUUCCAGGUGCUCCCGCGCUCGUCGGCAACACAGUCGUCUGGAAGCCUUCACCAGCGGCCACAUACUCAAACUACUUGGUCUACCAGAUUCUUGCAGAGGCUGGUGUCCCACCCGGCGUCAUCCAGUUCGUCCCUGGGCCGCCUCCAGAAGUCGUCGCACAGGCGAUAUCCCACCCUAGCUUUGCAGCACUCCAUUUCACGGGAAGCACCUUUGUAUUCAAGAAGCUAUGGAGGGACAUCGCCGCAAACCUAGACAAGUACAAAGGGUAUCCCAGAAUUGUCGGUGAAACAGGAGGGAAGAACUUCCAUGUCAUCCACAAGUCUGCAGAAGUCCGAAAUGCAGUUUUGCAGACCAUCCGGGGCGGUUUUGAGUAUCAAGGACAAAAAUGUUCUGCUUUGUCACGGCUAUAUGUUUCCUCUUCACUUUGGUCAUCUGGAUUCAAAGAUAUGCUCUUGUCUGAGGUUGCCAAGAUCAGAGUCGGGCCACCAUCAGACUUCAGCAACUUUAUGGGACCUGUGAUAGGUCGUCCUGCUUAUGACAAAAUCAUGGGCUGCAUCCAGAAAGCCAAGGAUGCAGGAGGGGAGGUCCUUAUUGGAGGUGUCGGUGAUGACUCGAAGGGCUACUUCGUCCAGCCUACCAUUAUUCUGACAAAGGAUCCCCAAUCAGUCACGAUGUGUGAAGAAAUAUUCGGUCCUGUCAUCACUGUCUAUGUGUACGACGAUGCGGAUUAUGAGAAGACUCUGGAACUCAUCGAUAACACAUCACCUUAUGCACUGACUGGCGCUAUCUUUGCCGGGGACCGCAAAGCCCUUAUAGUUGCCACAAACAAGCUACGCAAUGCUGCUGGCAACGUCUAUUACAACGAGAAAUGUACUGGCGCGGUCGUGGGGCAACAACCCUUUGGGGGAGCACGAGCAAGUGGUACCAAUGACAAAGCUGGGAGUAUCAGCAUCUUCUACCGGUUCGUUUCGGCAAGAAGCAUGAAAGAGAACUUCGUAGGCCUGGAGGACUUCCAAUACCCGUCGAACUUGAUUUAAGACAUCCGGUAUCGGAAUAGCGACCUUGAAGGUCUCGGAAUCAACGUUGUAUUAAUAAAUAACUGAUGUUGUUACUUGUAUGAAAUGAGAAUAAGGAUCCAGGAGUCUGAAAAAU